AUGCAGAGCGCUUACAAGUGCGGCAAGUCUCGCGGCAAGCAAGUGCGAGCGCUCAUCUCCCAGGACUGGGACGAGGCCCCAGCUGAGCAAGAUGUGGAUCAGGUGCCUCCCCAGUCCCUCAGCUCGGAGGCCGCGACGAGGGAGCCCGAAGUCCGAAGCCACCGUGAGGUGCAGGCAAGGGCUGUUCCAAUGCCUUGGGGCAUCAACCCCGUGGCGCUGCGUCCAGGCGGAGCAGGCCCCACACUGCGUAUACAACACCGGCGACCGCGCGCUCUGCGAUUUCACGGGCCGGAUCCAGUUGCAUCCGCAGGACUUCCCGCGGAUGCAGCUGCUCCCCAGUGUGGGAGCGGACCUGCCACCGGCCCUCCAGGUGGCGACCCCUGCGAGCAGGAUGCGCAACAG